UUAAAAAAACAGUACAAUCAUGUAAAAUCCAAUAGUCAGUGAAAAAUAAUUGAUUGAAGAGAAUUUAGCGUGUGGAUUUUGGUCUUGACCAUCAAAAACACUUCGAUUGGAUCUCUGAAACGGGAAUGGGAGUAUCAGAUACAUUGAAUUAUGUUCUGUUUUCUAAUCCCGUCAGCUCGAGUGCCGGUUCGUUUACGAAAACUGCUGCAUCAGCUUCCCACCAGUGCCGAACAGCUGCAGAGUGGGGAUGACAUGGAGAUGAGGGGAAGGUGAUAGUGACCGCCGCGCUGUCUCGUGCCGCCUGAGAGAACUUGUCCCCUGUUUUUGGGAGUGACAACACCUGCUUGUAUCAUACCGUAUAUUACUGCAACAAGUUAUUCGCUCUAACCUCUUUCCAAUAUUAUUUACGUUUCGACAGGAAAAAGUCAAAUAACCCUAAAAAUAUUAGAUAAAUACAAUAAAUUGUAUCGGCGAACAUUGAAAAUAUUAGAAAUGGAACAAAGUGAUGAAAACGCUGAAACAUUGCAAGGCUCAGAGUCUCUGAAUGUUUCGGAAAUGAAAGAGAGUAAUAAAAGUGAAUCAGUGGUUAAAGAGUCAGUUCCUGAAGCAUUCAAGAAGCCAACGUUGAUGAUCGGUCCUCGACGAGGGAAAAUUUCAGGAAUUCGUUCUCUACCUAAUGUUCCAGUACAUGUUCCAUGUGAAGAUUCACAAGACAACCAGAAGGAGAAGAAUGAGACAGAUGAUAUCGAACCUGAAAAGACUGCACCAGCUGAAGAGAAAAAGCCCUUGCCUCUAGCUUAUAACGAACCCUCCUGGUCUGGUCGUCCUCCAUCAGGAUAUAAAGCCGAAGUGCUCAAGUCUGGAGUUAUUUUGAAUACAAUUGAGCUGUCAAAGCAGAGCUUUUUCGUCGUUGGAAGACUCCCAGUCUGCGAUAUACAUCUUCAGCAUCCAACAAUUUCCAGGUAUCACGCUAUCCUUCAGUUCAGGGAGACUGGGGAUGCGAAGAAUGGACCCGGAUUUUAUUUGUAUGAUCUGGAGAGCACACACGGAACCUUCUGGAAUAACUGUCGAAUCAGACCGAAGACUUAUGUAAAGUUGAAGGGUGGGCAUAUGAUCAAGUUUGGAUGCAGUCAGAGAAAAUUUAUUUUGUUGAGUCCACCCGAUGAUGAAGAGGAGGAGUCGGAGUAUUCGGUGACAGAAUUGAGGGAACAAAGAAAGCUUGAAUUGAUGGAAUUAGAGAAAUUGGAACAAGAGCGCCAGGAAGAGGAGUCAGAGUUGGAGAGAAUAAGAAAAGAGAAGGAAGAGUCUGAAGGUGUAGACUGGGGAAUGGGUGAGGAUGCCGAUGAAGAGACUGACUUGACAGAAAACCCUUAUGCUCAAUCAAACAACGAAGAAUUAUUCCUGGACGAUCCCAAGAAGACCCUGCGGGGAUGGUUCGAGAGAGAGGGACAUGAUCUUCAGUAUCAGACUGAGGAGAAAGGACUGGGUCAAUUCCUCUGUUGGGUGGAUCUGCCUAUUGAUAAUGGACGAACUGCUAGAGCCGAGGCUCUGGUGAAGGGUAAGAAAAAAGAGUCUGUGAUUCAGUGUGCCCUAGAAGCCUGUAGGAUCCUUGACAGACAUGGCUUGCUGAGACAGGCCAACCACGAGGGUAGGAAACGGAAGUCACGAAAUUGGGAGGAGGAGGACUACUACGACUCGGACGAGGAUAACUUCCUCGACAGGACUGGAACUGUCGAGAGAAAACGUGAGCAGAGGAUGAGAAAUGCUGGCAAACUCGAUGCCAAAGUUGAAACUUACUCGUCGUUGAUCGAGAAGCAUGAGGAUGUACAGAGGAAGAUAGACGGCAUUGAAAGUGCCCUGGAGAACCAUCGAAAAGCCAAGAGUGCUCAGGAUGAUGAGUCCAAUGAAGAUGCUUUGGAUGCUUUCAUGUCGCAUUUGAGUACUUUGUUACUCAAUAAAUCAGAAAUCGUCAAGAUGAAAUCAGAUUUGGUACGUCUACAGAGGGAAGAGGAGGGAUUGAGAAAACUCAUUAAUAUCACUAAACCAGCGAAUUUGCCUGAACUAAAAGCCACUCCAGAAGCGAAAAGUGAGGCGAAAUGUGAGAAAUCGCAGAAAAUAGCAAAGCUUAUGGUUCAAAAUUCAGAAGAGAUUACUUCUAAGGAAAAGAGUGUUUACAGUGGGAAUCGUUAUGGAUUGAUAAAGCCCAGCGAAGUUGAUAAGCCACCUGCAGAGGAUGUUCUAGAAGUUAAGGAGUCUACGGAACUCCAGGAGGAGAAAGUUAAAGGCAUUGCAGAGGAUAUUUCGACUGAUAUUAUUCCCAAGCAGAAGAAGAGAAACAGCAGGAAGAAAGCUGAUAAAAUUUUCAAGGACAUCGGAAAGAAUUACCCUGACAACUUGGAUAGUGAAGACUACUCUAUGUGGGUUCCUCCUGUAAAUCAAAGUGGAGAUGGUAAGACCAGCCUCAAUGAUAAAUAUGGCUAUUGAAUAUUCAUGGAAUAUUCAUUCUGUAA